UUGCUGUGAAGUGUUACCGUUUCAGUGUUCAAUCAUUGCUUUAAACAUUCGAUUCAGUCGGUGGGAUCAUAGCAACGAUUAUUGUUGAUCCAGAAGUGAAAAAAGAAACUGAAGCUUUUAUUGUAAUUAAGUCUUUCAUUUCAUAUUCAUAAAAGUAAAUUUCAUAAAAUACAAGUUUCAUAAAAACUAAUUCAAGAUUCAAAUGUUAUUAACUCUAAUUCGAUUUGUUUAGUAUAAAGUUUUUGUUUUUUUUUUUUGUAUAUAUAUUUUUUUUUUUUUUUUUUUGUGUUCUUUUGCAUUUCGUGUAUAUUUUGUUGGUUUUUGAGAAUUCCGAGCAGUUUGAAAGUCUCUAUAAACUACUUAAGCUUCGGAAAGGAUAAAAGCAAAGCAUUCCUACUUAUCUCUUAUAGACCGUUUGUAUUCACCAUUAAUAAUAUGAUAUUAGCCGGAACAUUCAAGUUCUUAUAUGUGGUAUGUUUGAUUGUAGUACUUCUCUCGCCGACAACGGAUAGUGCUCAAACCAAAACUCGUCGAAGACUUAGACGCCCAACUAAUGGAUCUGAUGAAUCGGCAGCGUCUGAUUCUACGCCAGUUGCGCGCAGCACCAGAGUUACCGCCAAGAAAGCAACAAAUCGAUCAACAGAUGUAGCGCAGAAACGCAUUGAUCAAGACACAUCCUCGUCAACUAUAGCAGUAACACGAUCUCGCACGCGUCCCAAAUCUAAGCUGCGCAGCAGUGCUUCUGCCGCUAGUAGUGUACUUGUGGCCAGUGGUUCCAGUCUGAAAAGCAAAAAGACUAAAACUGAUGAUGGCAGUAAAAAAAUUGUUUGCUAUUAUACAAAUUGGUCCCAAUAUAGAACAAAGGUUGGGAAAUUUGUGCCCGAAGACGUUCCUGCCGACCUAUGCACACAUGUCAUUUUUGCUUUCGGUUGGUUGAAAAAGGGAAAAUUAAGUUCCUACGAAACCAAUGACGAAACCAAAGAUAACGUUCCCGGUUUAUACGACCGCAUAAUGACUUUGAAGAAAGCGAACUCAAAAUUAAAGAUAUUAUUGGCUUUGGGAGGUUGGUCGUUUGGCACCCAAAAAUUUAAGGAAAUGUCUGCAACCAGGUACACUCGCCAAACGUUCAUUUAUUCCGCUAUACCGUUCUUACGUAAACGAGGUUUUGAUGGUUUGGACUUAGAUUGGGAGUAUCCGAAAGGAUCUGAGGACAAAAAGAAUUUUGUUUUAUUGCUUAAAGAAUUGCGAGAGGCUUUUGAGGCAGAAUCACAAGAGAUGAAGAGGCCCCGAUUACUGUUGUCCGCUGCUGUGCCUGUUGGUCCAGAUAACGUUCGGGGUGGAUACGAUGUUCCCGCAAUCGCCAGUUACUUAGACUUUAUUAACGUGAUGGCGUACGAUUUCCAUGGCAAAUGGGAACGUGAAACUGGCCACAAUGCACCAUUAUAUGCUCCAUCAUCUGAUUCGGAAUGGCGCAAGCAACUUUCAGUUGACAAUGCAGCAAACAUGUGGACGAAAAUGGGAGCUCCAAAAGAGAAAUUAAUCAUUGGAAUGCCAACUUAUGGGCGUUCGUUUACGUUAUCAAAUACAGCGAAACAUGGACCCAAUGCUCCAGCGACUGGUGGUGGACGCGAAGGUGUGUACACAAAGGAGAGUGGCUUUUUAGCAUAUUACGAGAUUUGUGAAAUGCUUCUUAACGGCGCCGUGUAUGUGUGGGAUGACGAAAUGAAAGUUCCUUAUUUAGUUGACGGCGAUCAAUGGGUAGGUUUUGACGACGAGCGUUCCAUACGUUCGAAAAUGAACUGGAUUAAAGCGAAUGGAUUUGGAGGGGCAAUGGUGUGGACCAUUGAUAUGGAUGAUUUUAAAGGGGAAGUGUGCGGGGGCCAAGUUAGAUAUCCUUUAAUCGGUGCCAUGCGCGAAGAAUUACUUGGAAUAUCAAGAGGCAAGGAUGCUAAAGAUGUUAACUGGGAAGAGGUUGCAGCCACGUUCGAAGACUUGGAAGAGGAAGAAAAACCUGAACCUAUCAAAAUCUCUGUUGAAGAAAUUCUUGCUAAAGUUCGUAAGCCUGCUAAAAAGCAAAAAAUUAAGUCUGGAUUAAUUGCUGUUGAGCAAAACUCUCGACCCGGUCAAGUCUUCUGCUAUUUAACUAGUUGGUCUUCAAAGCGACCUGGCGCCGGCAAAUUUGAUUCAAGUAGCAUCGAUAGCAAACUAUGUACACACAUUGUCUACGCCUUUGCUACUUUAAAAGAUCAUAAAUUAGCCGAAGCUAACGACGAGGAUUCGGAGAAUUAUGAAAAAGUAAUUGCUUUGCGAGAAACGAACCCAGAUUUACAAAUAUUAUUAGCAAUUGGUGGUUGGGCAUUCGGCUCGACGCCAUUCAAGGAACUCACGUCUAACGUAUUUCGUACGAACCAGUUUGUAUACGAAGCCAUUGAAUUUUUGCGAGACUACAAAUUUAAUGGCCUUGAUGUGGAUUGGGAGUACCCUAGAGGGUCUGACGACCGCGCCGCUUAUGCGAAUAUAUUACGUGAACUUCGCAUAGCUUUCGAAGGUGAAGCAAAAUCAUCAGGUCUGCCUCGGUUGCUCUUAACAGCUGCUGUUCCUGCCUCUUUUGAAGCUAUUGCAGCUGGUUAUGAUGUUCCUGAGAUAUCAAAGUAUCUUGAUUUUAUUAACGUUAUGACAUAUGAUUUCCAUGGGCAAUGGGAACGAACUGUUGGGCAUAAUUCACCACUCUUUCCCCUAGAGUCGGCUACUGGAUACCAGAAAAAAUUAACUGUCGAUUAUAGUGCACGAGAAUGGGUAAAGCAGGGGGCACCCAAAGAGAAACUGUUAAUCGGUAUGCCGACCUACGGGCGAACCUUUGAAUUGGUAAACGAAACACAAUUUGAUAUUGGUGCUCCGGCGUCAGGAGGCGGCAAACCCGGAAAAUUUACUAACGAAGCUGGCUUCUUGAGUUACUACGAAGUGUGCUCGUUUUUAGCCGCCGACAACACAACCCUUGUAUGGGAUUCCGAACAACAAGUACCAUUUGCGUAUCGUGAGAAUCAGUGGGUAGGUUUUGAUGAUGAACGCUCGUUGAAGACGAAGAUGGAAUGGUUAAAAGCGCAAGGCUUCGGCGGCAUUAUGGUUUGGUCUAUUGACAUGGAUGAUUUUUCUGGACGCUGUGGUAGUGGUAAAUAUCCGCUUUUAAAUGCCCUAAACGAUGAGCUUAAAGGAUACAAAGUAACAUUAGAAUACGAUGGUCCGUAUGAAACGCAUGGUCCCCGUGGUGCCUAUACAACGAAAGACCCACAUGAAGUUUUCUGCGAAGAAGAAGAUGGCCACAUAAGUUACCACAAAGAUUGGAAUGAUUGUUCUUAUUAUUAUAUGUGCGAGGGUGAGCGUAAACAUCACAUGCCUUGUCCAGCGAACCUCGUUUUUAACCCACAAGAGAAUGUAUGCGAUUGGCCUGAAAACGUGGAAGGUUGUCAUGUAGCCACAGACGCUCCUGCCUAAAAUAUACAAUAAGCUACAACAACAUUUGCAAAUAUUUUCCAUAUCAACU